AUGUCUAUCCCAGCUGGUUUUAAACAAGGAACAGAACCUUCUCUUCACAUCCCAGAAGGCUUUAGACAGGGAACAGAACCGUCCUCUUCCAGAACCCAAACACAGAUAGUCGCCUGUAAGGGGGAGAUCAUCAAUGGAAACUGCUAUGAGUUCAACCCAACACGACUGGCCUUCCAGGACGCACAGGCUCAGUGCAGAGCUGUGGCCCCAAAUGCUGAGCUUGCAUCUGUAACCAGCGUUAAUCUACAAUCCCGACUGGUUUCUCUGGUGACCAACGGUGGAGAGAGUCACCCUGUGUUGACCUGGCUGGGAGCCACGAUCAAGAACCAGGAGGCGUCGUGGGUGGACGGGUCAGAGUGGAGCUACAGCGACUGGAUGCCGGGUCACCCUAACGUUCACGCCGAUAAACCUGUCUGUGUGGAGAUGUUCAAGAUGGAUGAGAGCUGGUGGACUGCCGCCGACUGUGAACUGAAGAGAGCCUCCAUCUGCUCGUAUCGGAUCGCUGCAUGACAAUCACCUUGACAAAAAAGCCCUCUUUAUUUCCUUCAAACCAUCUGCUUGUGUGGGAAUAAAACUUUGCAUCUGA